AUGGAAAACCUCACUGUGCGAGGAGCAGCAACAGCAACAGCCGCCAGUCGCGAGACGAGCAUCGCCAAUUCCGCAAUGCCGACGCCCUCGAGCUCCAACACCACCGGAUUUGCCUCAUCUCCGGAGCACCACGCACCCGCUCCUACUCCGGCAGAGCAGAAGAAGAGGAGCCGCAUCCGGUUCUCCUGCACGACCUGCCGGGACAAGAAGCUGAAAUGCAACCGUGCCUCGCCCUGUGACCAGUGCGAGAAGCGCGGCAUCACGGCAACAUGCCAGUACAUCCCCUACCUGAACCCGCGUGAGGGCAGACAUGGCCACGCUGGCGCAGCAGGGCCUCGGCCGGCCAGCGCUGGUGUGCCGCGCCGCGCGCCGCUCACCGCCGAUCCGGCUAUGCAGACUAGACUACGGCAUCUUGAACGCCUGGUGUCUGUUCUGAGGUCGCAGCGAAGGGAUGGGGGAGCAAUCGACCCCCAGUUGCUUCCUGGCGAUGAUUCGCAUUCUUCAACGCGUCAGAGCCGUGAUGACGAAGGAUCCGCUGACGGGCGACUGACUCUCCCGGAACUCAGAGAGCCUGGGAGUGCAGCGGCUGGAUAUGGACAGUAUAUUGAUACCGCCAACUGGGAGGCAAUCCUGGAUGAUUGGCAUCUUCAACAGGUCUCCAAACUCACCGAAGAUCUCAAGUCCUACGACGACGGUUAUGAAGACCAGGACACCGACUAUGAGUCCUUUGUACCGGCGCAGAAGGGCCCCGUCCUCCUGCUGGGCCCCUUCCCGCAAGCCUCUGUGCAUGAUAUGCUGGGCUUUAUGCCCCCGCGAUUGAUCACUGACAGAAUCAUCGCCAAGUUCUUCUCGGCCAAUGAGCCUGCUUUCAUGAUGUUUCACGUCCCGUCGUUCUUAAAAAACUACGAGGAAUUCUGGGAGAAUCCUCAGGAUAGCACCCUCACAUACCUAGCCCUCCUCUUCAUGAUGGUCACGCACGCUGCCCUCCUCUGCCUCCGGGGCGAGGAAGAAAUGCCAGGGAACCUUGGCAGCCCACAGCAAGUUGCCACCGCCUACCGCGGCCGCGCUGCGCACUGCCUCGCGCUCGAUGAUUACACCCGGCCCAACAUCAAGUACAAGAUCGAGGCCAUGAUGCUGUAUUUCGGCGCCGAGUACCUACUCCAGGUCGAUGCGCAGCCCGGCGUUUCCAUUCUCCUGACUGUCACCAUCCGCCUCGCGCGCCACAUGAACAUGCACCGGGAUCCCAAGCACUUUGCUGGGAUGACGCCGUUCGAAGGCGAGAUGCGGCGUCGGAUGUGGACGCUGUUGACCGAGACCGACGAGCUCAUAUCCUUCAUAUUCGGCCUCCCGACCAACAUCCAUCCUAAUUCCUUCGAUACUGAACCGCCAGGUAACUAUCUCGACGAGGACUUUGACGAGAGCACCACUGAGAUGCCUCCCUCCCGCCCCGAGACAGAGCGCACGCCGGCCUUGUACGUGAUUGUCAAGAACAGGAUGAUGCGCAUGUUUGGCGAGAUCCUCACCCUCGUCAACUUUAGCAAAGUGCCCAAGUACGAAGAGGUCAUUGACAUGGACAAGCGGCUCGAGGCCAUGCACGAGGCCAUGACUCCGCUGCUGCGCAUGCGGCCGUUCAGCCAGUCCGUUACCGAUCCUAUAGACAUCAUCAUGCAGCGCUACCUCCUGGAGCUGAUAUACCAGAAGAGCCGGUGCGUCCUGCACCGCAAGUUCUUGGGGCUCGCCCAGACGGACGAGAGAUUCGCGUAUUCGAGAUGGGCAUGUGUCGAUGCUGCGACGAGGACGCUGAAGCAUCAGUAUGAUAUCCACAACGAGAUCCAGCCUGGGGGACGCCUGUCGAAAGAAAAGUGGUUCAUUUCCAAUAUCAGCAUCCACGACUUCCUGCUGGCGGAUAUGAUUCUCUGUCUCGAGUUGUCGCACGCGGUGAGGGCGGAAAAGGACCACGGAAAGGGGGCUAGCGUAGCACGACAACCUCCCGAGCAAGGCAAGCACGCCGUCAUGCCAAAGGAGCGACUGCUCGAGAUUCUGGGCACUUCUCGAUCUAUCUGGCAGGCGUCGAGAAGCCACUCCGCAGAGGCGAACCGAGCCUUCAAGAUCCUGACUCGCAUGCUCGCGCUGUCAACGGGGCAGGAGUACGACUCGAGUCCAGACUCCGCGAUGGGCAGCAUCUCUGGGAAUGCCACAAGCUCGUCCAUGAUAUCCCAUCUACCGUCUUUCCCUGCGACGGCACUGCCUAGCGUGUCGCCUCCCUCGGUCCCGCCGCUGAACUCGAUGGGCCAGAGUGCCACCAUGAAUCCCGGUCUGGUUCCCAUUCAGGCUGUCGACUCGUCGUCCUGGGCGAGUACGAAUACUUCGGCUAGCCAUCCCUGGCUGCCUGGCUGGGGUGACGGACCCCCCUCGCUCUGGUCGAUGGCGGGUGGGGAGCUUAGCGACCUGGACUCGAUGAUGGAUCCUGUGAUUACAUCUGACUGGUCCAUGUGGGACAACCAGAUCAUCAACGCGAGUGCCGAGACCAUGCAGAUACCCUGGAACAACUUCUUCCCCAACGGGCCCUGA